UCUUGGCUGCAUUUUUGCCUCAUUUAAGGUGUUGGGGGCUCGUGCGCGUUCAGUGGGGACGACAAGCGGUAGGUAUCCAGAAAGCAUUUUCGAUCUGGCUUCACUGCUCAGGCGCCACUCUGGGUCAUCCAGGGGCAGGAUGCUCUCCAGAAGCUCAGAUUAGUCACAGGUAAUUGACCAAUUUGACGAUAAGUCACUCCUGUCUCCCAUGAUACAGGCGACAAAAUUUGGCGUACAAUGGACCGGCCACCAUCAUGUUGAGGGAUCUGUUCUGUGAGUGUGAGUGGUCGCCCCAAGGGGGAAGGUGGGGUAGCUCUGCCUGCCAGGUCUCACCGCCAAAAAUUUCUGGGGAAGGAAAAACCAGGACACUCGACCUCACCUGCUCUUCCGAACCCCAAAACUUCCCAGUAUUUCAAGUCCACCUUCACGCAGAACCGCCUCGCACAUCAUAAAAUGGCCGGGCAAGCAUUCAAAAAGAGAUCACAUGAUGAUGCGGCAAAAUCAAAGACUGCCCGUCCGUCGAAGAAGCAGAGGAAGCAGCUCGCGUACCACAGCGAUUCGGACGAGGUCGAGGACAAUGCAGAUGACUUCCAAGCCGUCAAUCUUCUCGACUCGGACAACGAGGACAUUGAAAACGCACAAGUAGACGAUGUGGGCUCAACAAGAUCGGGAUCCGACUCGGGGUCAGGCUCGGACAGCGAGGAAGACCCUGCGCGUGUCAAAAAGCCCAAGCUCCGCUCAAAGAACACGGCCAACGCCGCCGCACCAGGCCUGGAGGAAGAAGCAGGCUCCGACGUGUCCGACUACGAAUACGACGACGACGAGUACGACAACCUCGACGGCUCCGACGACGGCUCCGGCGACGGCGGCGGCAACCCCAACACCACGCGCAUGUCCAAGUCAAAGCGCAACGACCCGGCCGCCUUCGCCACGUCGCUGACCAAGAUCCUGUCGACCAAGCUCUCGGCCUCGCGGCGCGCCGACCCGGUCCUGGCCCGCAGCUCCGCCGCGCACGAGGCCUCGCGCCAGGCCCUCGACGCGUCGCUCGAGAGCAAGGCCCGCCGCCGCCUGCGCGAGCAGAAGCGCGUCGCCAUGGACAAGGGGCGCGUGCGCGACGUGCUCGUCGCGAGCAAUGCCGUCGGUGGUGGCGGUGGCGGGGAGAAUGAGGUGGAAGAGGGGGAGGGGGCGACCACGGGGCAGAUCAUGGAGGCGGAGCGGAGACUGCGGAGGGUCGCGCAGAGGGGUGUCGUCAAGUUGUUUAAUGCGGUGAGGGCGGCGCAGGUCAAGGCGGCCGAGGCGGAGAGGGCGGCGAGGAGUGGGGGGAUCACGGGCGUGAAGAGCAGGGAGGAGAAGGUUACAGAGAUGAGUAGGAAGGGCUUCCUGGAUCUGAUUGCGAGCGGUGGAGGGGGGUUGAAGAAGGGUGCAUUGGAGGAGGCUUGA